CAGACGGUGGCGGGACUGCACCUGGAGAUCAUGCUGCUGGCUCUUCCUCAGCAGGAGGCCCCGAAACAUCCGCCGGGAUCAUGCCAGCCACCGGGAACUAUAACCAGACCGGCAGUAGCAACUCGACCGGAAAGACGAAAGCUGGCGCCGCCAACAGCAGCGGGUCGGCCAGUGCAGCUGGUGAACAAAAUAGACGAAAAACUGCUGCCGGUUCUCCAGGAACAACUUCAGGUAGUACUGGUUCCCCGUCGCAGCUGCCCCGCUGCACGACGUCGAGUAUUCAAAGACUCCUGGAACGGCACACCCAGCCUGAGCACCUCGUCUCCCCCACCUCGUUCUUGCAAAUGUGGGUUUUUGGAGUCGAUUUCCCAAAAGUGGACCUCCACUGGUACAUGUCACCGGAAAUAAACAGUAGUUCUACGAAAGGACCACCUGCCGGCAUGAGGAUGGAUGACAAGCAAGGCAAAGCUUCAGGCGAUUUGAACGCCUUACGGAACAACGGUAACCUCCGUGGCGGGGGGACCACAAGUGGUGUUCCUGCCGCACAACAAAACCAGCCUGGGCAACAGCAGCACCGGUCCGACCCAUCCACCAACCCGGAGAACAACAACAACAACAAAAACAAACGGGAGCUGCGCAUCCAGAUUCGCCAGACCCCCGCCUACCGGACCGCACUCCCCGCCGGCAACGAGCUCCUGUACCGGAAAGCGUCCGUGCGGCUGCCGCUAUGAAGUACAAAUAUGUCUGGGUCUGGAAGGGUGCGAACUUGUGAUGCGCAUUUCUCAACACACACAAAUCUCUCAUGCAGAGGCAGCAAAAGAUGCCCACUUCCUGUCACCAAAAUCGGGGAUUUGUCAUGCGGAUUAGGCAAUACGGAAGCUUUUCGAAAUCUGUGAUGCUAGGGCUUUCAUGACGGACAUUCUGCGUCAUGCAAAAACAGCAUGACAAAAAACUGCAUUCUUCCAGACACAAACAUAUUUGCAAUUGAUAGCCGCUGCUCGAGACCCAAAUCGUCCGCAAGCCGCACGACAAAGUGCCCUGGCUGCACUGGGCGGGGUAUCCUGUGUAAAAACGUCCCCACCCCAGAGUUGUCAUGCAAAUCUGCAUGCUGAGAAUGUUUCUCAUGCGGAGCCCCAUGAGAAGCAUUUGCCAGCCGUGUUUUGGAAGUUGUCAUGCUCCAAUCAGCAUGAUACACGAGUUCUGUGAUGCUGCUGAGCUAGUCCAAACAGCACUCACUACAUUACGAGUCCAAAUGUGUCAUGCAAAACAGUCAAAACUUGUGGAUUUGUCUAGCCGAGUCCCCAUCUUGAAUAUGGGGUGGGGACGUUUUUACAUAGGACACGGGGGUCUGCUGCUUCGACGUUUGCAACUGCUACGGGCAGGUGAUCGCGGUGGUGAAGUUUAAGUUCCCCGAAAUCACGAACAGCAAGGAGGCGAUCAAGCUCCGCAAGGAAUUGCAGCACGACGACACCAGCUUAUAUGAGCAGAGCUGCUCGUACUUUUUUGACGAUAGAAACGGCAUGGACAAGCGGCAAACGCCCUGCUUCAUAAUCCCAAAAUCCAUCUGGACGCAGUCCCUGCUCCGGAUCUACAACCUGCCGAUGGAAAGCUGGAAGCGGGCGGCGCAGUUUUCGGGAAGUUUGCGCAUGGAGCACCUGUGCGUGCAGCAGUUCCAGAUCUUGAAAGCCA